AUGGGCUCUAGCCAGUUUUUGCAAUCUACCUACAAUCCGCAGUUCCCAAAUCCCCUACUUGCAGCAGAAGCCAUCGGAGGACCUGGGUACUUUACUAGGCCUCCUCCCGAAGCUCAGUUUCUCUCUCUCCAAGAUGGCAGCUCUACUGGGGAUAUGCUUGGCAGUUCCGGCAAUCUAGGUGGCAACCAUCCCCUUAAUGUUCAGACAGGGAUAGCCAUUGCUCAACCCUUGAAUAAUCAUUGGGAGUUCGAUAUGUUGGAUGAUGAAGCCUCUUUGCCUGAUUCUGACGAUGAUUUGCCAGACGUGAGAGGCAACUUGCCGCCGAUAAAAAACUUGGUGCCUGAGCGUUGGACUGUAAGUCCCGUGGAUAUCAGCGUCUUUUCGGCCUUCGCCCAAAGCGACGAUGUUCAAGCGCACAUGGAGACCCCUUACUCCUCUGAAUUCUGGGCUAGUGGCCUGAACACGAUCUUCAUGCAUUUCAUCAAUGUAACUGGGCCCGGGAUCUCAAUCUUCGAAGGAGACAUUUCUUCUGCUCUAGAUAGAUCCAGAAUGAAAGCAACAGCUGGAUCUGGAAAGAGCCUAUGGAGCUCAGCCUUGAGACAUUACCACCGUGCCAUACGACGCAUAGCGAAAAGCGUCAAGUCACCUUCCAAGAGGACACAGCCGGCAACUCUUGCUGCCACUCUCUUGCUCAGCUACUUUGAGGUCUGGUCGUCUGAUCACACCAAGUGGUGCAAUCACUUGUUUGGCGCCAGGAUUCUAUUCCGCGAGAUGUCUUUAGGAGAGAUGACUCGAAUUUGUUUCCCCGCGAAGCGCAUGAGACAACGCCAGGAUGCUCGAGGGUAUCAACUAGGGCACAUAGGCUCCUAUAUAUAUGGCCCCCAUUGCCACCCAGCGUCAUCACAGAGCGUUCAACAGUCUCUCGACUAUGACUUUUUGAAUGUCAUCACAGGACUUACCUUGUCUCCAGAAGCCUAUGGUGACGUAGAGGGGCAGCUUCCGGACGUGAAAUACUCUUCGGUAACCGAUAAGGAAAUUGAAAAAUACGACAUUAUUUGCGAUCUAUUCUGGUGGUAUUGCAAAAUGGAUGUCUAUCAGAGCAUUUUGGGAGGAACCAAGUUAUUGAAAAGCAUGGAAUAUGACAAUUGGACACAGAUUCCUCCGAGGGCCCCCUUUUCAACAUAUUCAUCCGCAUAUGGCACCUAUGACCAUUUGGUUUUAUUGCUUGGCCGCCUUUCAGACUUUGUGUCGAAAGAUUUAUCCCGGAAACAGAAGGCCAUAGAAGCAAAGGGGGAGAAUGCUGAAACUGGAUCCCCGCCGAUGUUCCCAGGCAUGUUCCCGACGUUUGGGAAAGUGCAAGCCCCCAUGGGAUUUAGUCCUCCACGGGAUGGCACGCCGCACAGUGAUUCUCAGGAUGAACUUGACCCGGAAGCCACUUACGAAGCUGCACUGCAAGAAUGGAAUGCCAUUUACAGUUCCUUUGAGGUGUUCAAGAGCCGCCUUGGGCCCGAAUUCCAACCCCUCGGCGAUGAACCUGACGGUCCAAGAAGGACAAAAACGCCUUUUGGGGACCCGAUAUACUUUCGAACAUACUCCAUCGCUGGCAUCUGGAUGAACUAUUAUAUGGGGUUCAUUCACCUUUACCGAAGCCACCCCUCGAUGCCGCCAGUUGCCAUGAGGGCAGCGGGCCUGAUGGCUAAGAAGACAGCGGGGUUUGCUCUCAAGAUCGGACAGAUUGCUUCUGGGCUUGCUGCCGACUGCUCAGAGUACGCGGUUAUCAAUACAUAUCUUGGCGCUGCCCUCAUUGAGAGUUCUUUCUGUGUCUUUGUAGCAGGUGUACAGUAUAAUGAAACUAGGCAGAGAGAAUGGGUCAUCCAGAGAAUGCAUGAUAUUGCCCGCCUAACUGGAUGGCAGUCUGCCAUGCAGAUUGCCUGUGGCUGUGAAUCGGCAUGGAUAAAAUCUAGCACGAUGGGAGGGCCGGAAUAUACACGACCAACAAUCAUCAACAAUGUCCCGUCUACAAUAUGGAAGAAUCCUCGCCGCAUUGACAAGAAAAUCGACGAAUCUGAAUCGGGCGAAGAACGGCGGUUAGUACUGGCCAAGGCUGAAAGAACACAUUACGCAAUCGGGAUACUAGCCAUCGAAACAGAACUCGCGAGACUCGAACUUCGAGACGAUUUAAACUAA